AUGAUGACAAAGACGGCGAAAUCGGCAGCUUUGUUUUGGUUUAGAAACUCUGACAAUGGUAAAGAUGUUGGGUUGUUUGUUAAUUUCUGGAUUGACACUUACUUCGCCGGACACUUUUGGAAUCUCACCGAGGAUGCAGGAAAGGAAAUUGGAUUUCCCAAAACAAACCACACCACAUGCAGCCACACUCAUACCCUUCUCCAACCUAAUUUGAAUUCGGUUGUGGUUGGAGAAGAUGGAUCCCAAGAGAGCUCACCAUCUUUGAUUUCUGCUGCUACGCCUUCUAGAAUAUUUGGGAAGAAGCUGUUGAAUUCUUCAUAUGAAAUUUAUGGUUCUAUUGAUAACGAUUUUGGAUUUGGAACCCCAUCUUACUAUUUGGAAUUAGGGCUCAAAUUGGGUUCUUCUGAUUUUGGAAUUCUGAUUUGGGGUUAA